AUGGAUCCAGAAGAGCAGGAUUUGCUUGGUGAUUACAGAUACAGGAAUUACUCUUCAGCCAUUGAGAAAGCUUUGAGGAACUUUGAAUCAUCAAGCGAAUGGGCUGAUCUUAUAUCUUCCCUGGGCAAACUCAAUAAGGCUCUUCAGAGUAACCUCAAGUAUUCCCUGUUGCCCAGAAGACUGAUCAUCAGCAAGAGACUGUCCCAAUGUUUGCAUCCAGCCCUGCCCAGUGGAGUACAUUUGAAGGCAUUAGAAACCUAUGAAAUCAUCUUUAAAAUCAUUGGGACAAAAUGGCUUGCAAAGGAUUUAUUCUUGUACAGCUCUGGUUUGUUUCCUCUGCUGGCAAAUGCAGCAAUGUCAGUGAGACCUGUUCUCCUUGGGUUGUAUGAGAAAUACUUCCUUCCCCUCCAAAAGUCCCUCCUGCCUGGUCUUCAGGCCUUUGUAAUUGGGCUCCUGCCUGGCUUAGAAGAAGGAUCAGAAAUUUAUGACAGGACAGAUGCUCUGCUGGUGAAGCUCUCCUUGCUGAUGGGCCAGGAAGUGUUCUAUGGAGCACUCUGGGGUAGUGUCCUGGUCAGUCCAUCCAUCAGGCUCCCUGCUUCCCUCUUUGUUGUCAGUCACAUCAAUAGGGAGCUCUCUGGAAAGCAGCAGAAGUACAUGCUGGGCACUGAUUAUAAGCUCACAAUAAAGUCUCUGUGUGUGUCAGUACUGGAUUCAAAUGUCCUUGUGCAAAGGAACACUCUGGAAGCAAUUCUCUUCUUCUUCCCGUUCUAUACAGCUUUGGACUGCAAUGAGAGCACAAUUCUGCUGCACAGAGCUGAUUUGGUCUAUAUCCUGGCAGCAGCUACCCAGACACUGCUGAGGAGAGACAUGUCCCUCAACAGAAGAUUGUAUGCCUGGUUGCUAGGCUCUGACAUUAAAGGUGGCACCUUUGCUCCAGACUCCACUUCUGAAGACCAUGCCCUUUAUUUCUUUGGAAAAUACUCCAAAGAUCUUCUGAUUGAGAGUUUGGUUGUGAUUUUGCAUCAGAGAUUCCCAGAGCCUGACACAGAGGACCAGCACCAGGUCUACCUAAAACCCUUCAGGAUCCUCAUCAGUCUCCUUGACAAACCUGAAAUAGGGCCACAGGUGGUAGGGGAGCUGUUCCUUGAAGUUCUUAGAGCCUUUUAUUCCUACUGCAAAGAUGCACUUGGUGCUGACCUCAAACUCAGCUACAAUCAAAGUGGCAACAUCCUCGCAAGUGCAAUCAAAGAGAACAAAAAUGCUUCAGAAAUCGUCAAAACAGUCAAUUUGCUGAUCACAUCCCUAAGCACAGAUUUCCUUUGGGAUUACAUGACCAAGUGCUUUGAAGAUUGUUUCAGGAGCAAAUCCACAGGGAUGAGAUAUCCUCUGGAAAAUAUUAGCACUCCUCCUACAAUUUCAGAGCUCUGCACGUUGUUGGUGUUUCUUCUUGAUGUGAUUCCUUUGGAACUCUACUCUGAAGUGCAGACUCAGUACCUUCCUCAGAUGCUCAGCUACAUGGUACAGUCCCUCCUGGAAAAUAUGGAAGUCUUAGGUUUACCAGAACUCACUCAUGCCUUAAAGACCUGUUUUAAGGUGCUCAGCAAGGUGCAGAUGCCUCCUUCCUACCUGGACAUCGAGACUGGAAGUGGAAGUGGGAGCCCAGUGCCAAAGGAUAAUGUGGACAUCACCUUAGAGACCAAGUCCAUGCUGCAGGAGGAGGAUGAGGCUCCAUUCCCUCCCCUCAAGUCAGAGGACAGUGGCAUUGGUCUAAGUGCCUCCUCCCCAGAGCUGUCCCAGCACCUGGGGGUGCCAGCAGUGACCCUGGAGAGAGAUGAUGUCUGGAAGAAAGGGGGAAGCAUUCAGAAGACUUUGCAUUGCAUCCAAGAGUUGGUUGCCAAGUUCUCCACUAAAUACAUUUUCGGGGUGCAGUUGCAAGAAACAAGCAGUGAAAGCAUUACAGCAGUGAGUGGCAAAGAGAAGAAGGAGAAUGGCUACAGGUUACCUGAAGGUGCCAGCAAGAAAAAGAGCCCAUGGGAUGCAAAGCAGAUCACUGUGCCUCAGGUCAAACAAAUGCUCUCAGAGCUGUUCUCAGUCCGAGGCUCAGCCUUCAGGAACAAGAGUUCCAACCCUCUUCUCCCUGACCACAGCUCUGGGGAUAAGAAGGAGAAGGAGGAAGAAGAGUGGGACUUGGAACAAGUGAUGCUGGUCCUGGGGCCCCUCAGAGGGGACUGCAAGGAAGCUUUCUCUGCAGCUUGUCACCUUCUGUUGGAUUGCACCACAUUCCCAGUGUAUCUCUCUGAGGAGGAGAUGGAACAGUUGUAUCUCUCUCUGUUUCAGGUUCCUGGAGGCUGUGAUAUCAGCUUCCCUCUGUGGCUGAGGUCCUUGAUGACAGUUUGCUGCUGUGUCAAUGACUGCUACGUCCAGAACGUGUCCAUCUUCACCCUCCUGGAGGUCAUCAACCAUUCCCAGUCCCUGGCACUGGUGAUAGAAGACAGGAUGAAGCGUUACAAAGUGUCUGGGCACAACCCCUUCCUUGGAAAGCUGCAGAUGGUCACUCUUCCUCCCAUUGCUCCUGGAGUUCUGAAGAUGAUCUCAGAGAAAACUGAUUUCUACCAGAGAGUAGCCUGUGUGCUCUGGAAUCAGCUGAACAAAGAGACUCGGGAGCACCACAUUGCCUGUGUGGAACUCUUCUACAGGCUGCACUGCUUGGCCCCAUCAGCAAACAUCUGUGAGGACAUCAUCUGCCAUGCACUUCUGGAUAGGGAUAAAGGAACAAGGCUGGAAGCACUGUUCAGGUUCUCUGUCAUGUGGCACCUGACCAGAGAGAUCCAAGGCAGCAGAGUGUCUUCACACAACAGAUCCUUUGACAGGUCACUGUUUGUAGUCCUGGACAGCCUCAACUGCUCCGACGGUGCCAUCGGAGCGGCAGCUCAGGGCUGGCUCAUCCGUGCUCUGUCCCUCAACGACGUGGCCAGGAUCCUGGAGCCAGUGCUGCUGCUGCUGCUCCACCCCAGGACACAGCGCACAGCCAUCCACUGCAUCAAGCAGAAACACUUAGCAGGCUCUAUCCAUGAUUGGCUUUGGAAGAAAAAGGCCUGUCUGAAGGAGUCUGGAAUUUCUGAGAGCAAUUCUGAGGAAAACCUCCCACUGAGCCAGUUCACUACUGUGGAUAGAGAAGCAAUUUGGGCAGAAGUGGAAAAAGAUCCAGAGAAAGCAGACUUCAAGCCUGAGCAGUGUGAAAAUGAUGGAUCUUGCCAGCCACUAACUUCCCAGGAUGGAGAUGGAGAUGGUGACCAAGACAACAGUGAGCACACAGAAUCCGCAGACACCAGCACAGGCCAUGACAGUGAGAACACCUCUUCCUUCUCCCCUUCCCUGGAGCUGCAGGAAGUGAGCAAUGAGGACAGUGCUGCAACUGAUGGCAAAGAGGCCCCAAACCUUGGGAAUUUGCCCAGUGCCUUCCUGGAAAGCUCCAGAUCCAGCGCAGCACUGCACCUCGUGCGCGCCGACUCCGAGAGGACUCAAGCAUCAGAGUCUCUGUCAAGUGAUGAAGAGGUGGACUUGGAGCUGCAGGAAAUCACCCAUUCCAGGCUGGUGAAGCAGCAGAAGGAGAAGCAGGAGAUGGUGGAGGCUCUGUUCAAGCACAUGCUGCUGUACCUGCAGCCCUACGACUCCAAGCGGGUGCUCUAUGCCUUCUCCGUGCUGGAAGCUGUGCUGAAAACCAACCCUAAGGAAUUUAUGGAAGCUGUGGCUACUACCAGCAUGGACACGAGCUCCACAGCACACCUGAACCUCAUCUACAACCUCUUAGCUCGCCAUCAGGAAGCUCUUGUAGGGCAGAGCUUUUAUGGCAAGCUCCAGGCUCAGUCCCCAACCAUGUGUCCUCAUUCCCUCCUGAUAGAGCUGCUCACCUACCUCUGCCUCAGCUUCCUGCGCUCCUACUAUCCCUGUUGCCUCAGGGUCACCCACAGGGAUGUCCUUGGCAACAGGGAUGUGCAGGUGAAGAGUGUGGAAGUGCUGAUUAGGAUGAUGAGCCAACUGGCCACGGUGGCAAAGGCAGCAGAGAGUAAGAACGUGGAGUUCAUCCGUAGUUUGCUUGGAAGGUGCAAAAUCCAAGAGUUUGUUCUUCUCUCCUUGUCUGCAUCCAUGUACAUAAGUCAGAAACGCUAUGAGCUGCUCAUGGCAGAUGGAGCCAAUCCCAUGCCUGGAGAAGAACUCUUUGAAGAGAGCCUGAUUAAUUUUGGCCAUGAUCAAAUCUGGAGUGAACACCCUCUCCAGAUUGAGCUGCUAAAGCUCUUGCAGGUGUUGAUUGUCUUGGAGCACCACCUUGGACAAUCCCCUGAGGAGCAGGACAAUCAGCCAGACCUCUCCAAGGAGUGGCAGCAGGCUCUGAACUUCCAGCAGGCUAUUGGUGCCAUGCAAUAUGUCUAUCCACAUCCCAUAACUUCCCAGGGUCUAUUUGUCUCUGCUGUGGUUAGAGGUUUGCAACCAGAGUAUGGCUAUGGGAUGCAUCCCACUUGGGUAGGCCUAGUCACAUCUUCCCUGCCCUACUUUGGCAAGUCUUUGGGCUGGACUGUGGCACCAUUUGUUGUACAGAUCUGUAAGAACCUGGAUGAGCUUGUCAAGCAGUAUGAAAAUGAAGCUGUGAAGACAUCUGCUAAAACAUCUGCCAGCUUAACUUCUAAAAGAGAAAAUGUGACACCUGAUUAUCCACUGACCCUUCUGGAAGGUCUGACCUCCAUUGGGCACUUCUGCUUGCUGGAUCAGCCUCAUCCAAUGAAAAAGUCAUCAAGUUUAGCUGAACCUACAAACCUGAGCAGGAAUGCUAAUGCCAUCCUGGAGGAAUUGCCUCGAAUUAUCAACACCAUGUCCCUUCUUUGGAGUGUUAUCAAGAGGGAAGACUCUCAAAAAAGACCAACUGACUUCUUUGGAUCCACUAAAGGCUCUUCUUCUGUCUACUUCAAAGCAACCAAAACAUUAAAAACCAAAAUCCUAGACUUCCUGAAUCCACUGACAGCACAGCUUGGAAUCCAGCUGAUGGCAGCAAUCGCAGCAGUGUGGAACAGCAAGAAACCUCAUAGGACUCACAGUAAAACCAAGAUCCUUCCAGUGACCACUGCAUCUCAGCUGAUUCUUGUGGACUUAGUGUGUGCCCUGAACACACUGAAAACUGACACUAUAUUGCAUCUAGUCAAAGAGGUGGUCAAGAAACCAACACAGAUCAAGGGGGAAGAGAAACCUUCUCUGGUAGAUAUCCCAAUGCUACAGUUCAGUUAUGCUUUCAUUCAAAGAUUACCUGUCCCAGCCUUGCAGGAGAACUUCCAGCCCUUAUUAGGACUCCUCAGAGAGUCUGUGCAGUUGAACUUGGCUCCUCCUGGACACUUUCUUCUCCUCAGCACUCUGAAUGACUUUGUGACCAGGACACCUACUCUAGAAAGCAAAAAAGACCAAAAAGACUUGCAGGAGGUGACCCAAAAGAUCCUGGAGGCUGUAGGGACUGUUGCUGGUUCUUCCCUGGAACAGACCAGCUGGCUGAGCAGGAACUUGGAAGUGAAAGCUCAGCCUCAGAUUUUACCAGAUGAAUUCAACAUAGAAGAUGUGAAUGAUGCAUCGGUGGUUCCAUCUUCAAUGGUUUCUGCCUCUGCUCCUUCAAUCUACAGUGUCCAAGCCCUCUCUCUCCUUGCAGAAGUUCUUGCUUCCCUCCUGGACAUGGUGUACCGCAGUGAUGAGAAGGAGAGAGCUGUGCCCCUCAUCUCACGGCUGCUCUACUAUGUCUUCCCUUACCUGCGCAACCACAGUGCCUACAACAUUCCCAGUUUCCGUGCUGGUGCUCAGCUGCUCAGCUCCUUGAGUGGAUAUGCCUAUACCAAGAGAGCCUGGAAAAAGGAGGUGCUGGAGUUGUAUAUGGAUCCAUCGUUUUUCCAGAUGGACACCUCCUGCACUCACUGGAGAUCCAUUAUUGAUCACCUCCUAACACACGAGAAAACUAUGUUUAAAGAUUUGAUGAACAUGCAGAGCAGUGCCCUGAAGCUGUACCCGAGCUGUGAGCAGAAGGCAAUGCUGCUGAAGCGACAAGCGUUCGCCGUCUUCAGCGGAGAGAUCGACCAGUACCACCUCUACCUGCCCUUGAUCCAAGAGCGACUCACUGAGAACCUCCGUGUAGGACAAACCUCCAUAGUUGCUGCCCAGAUGUUCCUCUUCUUCAGAGUUCUGUUGUUAAGGAUUUCCCCUCAGCAUCUAACCUCCUUGUGGCCAAUUAUGGUAACAGAAUUGAUUCAGACAUUCCUGCAGCUGGAAGAAGAUUUAACUGAGGAAGAUGAACCAUCAAAGAGCAACAGCAAGCUCAGCAAACAGAAAGGCUCAGGGGAUGGCAGUGGCUCUGACAUUCAGCACAGUGAGCUCUCCUUGUACCUCUCAGCUUGUAAGUUUUUGGACACAGCUCUGUCAUUCCCACCUGACAGGAUGCAGCUGUUUCAGAUGUACAAAUGGGCAUUUGUCCCAGAGGUGGACACUGAGGCAUCUCCUGUGACCACCUCUCACCUGGUAGAAAACCACCAGGAAUGCAGACCACACAUUGUAAGGAUCAUGGACCUGCUGAGGAUGAAAUAUGGGGACCCAAAGCAGAGCGAGGGAACCCCCAGGAAGCACAAGUUACCCCUGCUGACCCUGCGCUCCGUGUCCAGCAUCACCCAACUGAUGCCUUUCUUCAAGACUCUCUGUUGGGCAUUCACAGCCCAUGGCAGUGAGUCCCAAAAUUCCCAUCCUUCUGCCUCUGUCUCCAUGGACUAUGUUGCCUGUAAUGGCCUCAAGAUCUUGAAACAGCUGGAAGACAGUGUUGAAUGUGAUUUCCUGGAGAACAUGGAAGGUUAA